AUGAUUCUUCUCAAGCUCUCGAUCUACGCAGUCUCAUUGCUUUACUCCGUGAUAGCCAGCACCAUAGACAACCACAACAGCCAAGGUGACGCCGACCUGGUACGGCCGAGAGAAGUAACCUCUAGAGGCCAAGGGUCUGGCGGCGGCGGGGGAAAUCUCGGCUUUUCCAAGGAUGAACAUAUAUGGAUGCACGAUCGUGGUGAUCGCGAAGAUGUCCUCGAGGGCAUUCCAAUCACCUUUGGUUCUACCGCAAAAUGGACCGAGGAUUCGGAAGCAGCGAGGACCUCUACCGCGGAGGAACCUUCCUCCAGCAGCUCAAUCCCAUCAGUACCACUGGAUUAUGGCCUUGAGAGGUCCAAUUCCCUCGAUCCCUCAGAGGUGCUCGGGGAAGGACCAGUGAUGGGCGUCUCGAUUGAGUUGGACAAUCACCCCGGAUCUCAGUGA